AUGAAUUCAACUUCACAAUACAGUAAAUCCAAAUUUGAAUUUGACGAAAUAAUGCAACAAAUUGAAAGUGACUCCCCAUUAUAAACUGUCUAUAGGAAGAACAGUUUCGCUAUUAAAAAUCUCAAUUUAUAUGAAACUCCUGAUGAAGAGAUGGAACAAACAGAAUAUUCAGCCAAAAGUUUGUAAGAGAGCUAGUGA